CGGCCCCGCCCCGUGGGCCCUCCUGAGCGCUCAUUGGUCGGAGGGCGGGGCCUCUGCACUGCCGGAGGCGGGGCCUGGCUGGAGAGCCGCCAAAUUGGGCAUCUUUUUGGAUAACGCAGAGUGCAGCGUAGAGAAAGAAGGACUGAUGAUGUGGCGACCAUCGCUUCUGCUGCUGCUUUUGCUGCUCAGGCACGGGGCCCAGGGGAAGCCGUCCCCUGACGCUGGCCCUCAUGGCCAGGGGAGGGUCCACCAGCCGGCCCCCCUGAGCGAGGCCCUUCAUGAUGACGCUCACGGGAACUUCCAGUACGACCAUGAGGCUUUUCUGGGACGAGAGGUGGCCAAGGAAUUCGACCAGCUCAGCCCAGAGGAAAGCCAAGCCCGGCUGGGGCGCAUCGUGGACCGCAUGGACCGCGCAGGGGACGGGGACGGCUGGGUGUCGCUGGCCGAGCUCCGCUCGUGGAUCGCGCACACGCAGCGGCGGCACAUACAGGACUCGGUGAGCGCGGCCUGGGACACGUACGACACGGACCGCGACGGGCGUGUGGGUUGGGAGGAGCUGCGCAACGCCACCUAUGGCUACUACGCGCCCGGCGAAGAAUUUCACGACGUGGAGGACGCGGAGACCUACAAGAAGAUGAUGGCUCGGGACGAGCGGCGUUUCCGGGUGGCUGACCAGGAUGGGGACUCGAUGGCCACUCGGGAGGAGCUGACGGCCUUCCUGCACCCAGAGGAGUUCCCUCACAUGCGGGACAUUGUAGUUGCCGAAACCCUGGAGGACCUGGACAAGAACAAAGAUGGCUACAUCCAAGUGGAUGAGUAUAUCGCGGACCUGUACACGCAGGAGCCGGGGGAGGAGGAGCCGGCCUGGGUGCAGACGGAGCGGGAGCAGUUUCGGGACUUCCGAGAUCUGAACAAGGACGGGCAUCUGGACGGGAGCGAGGUGGGCCACUGGGUGCUGCCCCCGGCCCAGGACCAGCCGCUGGUGGAGGCCAACCACCUGCUGCACGAGAGCGACACGGACAAGGACGGGCGUCUGAGCAAGGCUGAGAUCCUGGGCAACUGGAACAUGUUCGUUGGCAGCCAGGCCACCAACUACGGCGAGGACCUGACACGUCACCACGACGAGCUCUGAGCCCCAGCAUGCCCACCACAGCCUCGUGGCCCCAUGGAAUGACCCAAGGAGAAUGACCUGGUGGCCAGGUCCCCCGCUCUGUGUCUGGCCCUGCAGGAUGCAGACCCAGCCCCGGUGGCCCCUUGUGCCUGGGCUCUCCCAGACCCACCGUCAAAUUCUGUCCCUGAGACACUGCAGCCCCUCCCAGCCUUCCCGCCCGCCCCAGGCCUCUCACAGUCCUGAAGGAUGAGGGACCACCCAUUUCUGAUUGGCAGGAUCUCCCAGCCCAGGCCCCCCCAACGCCAAGCUCAGCCUCCAGGCGCCUCCACUGACCCCGCCAACCCCCACCAAGUGACAAUCUGAGCCUCACUCCACACAGACAGGAGACACUCCCUCAGUGUGGCCUCACCCCACACUCACCCGCCAUCACUGCCAGAGAGGCAAUAAAAUCCGGUGUGGGGCCUCA